UGUUUGCUCGUCCGUUGCUUGUGAAACUCAAGUGUGCGUGUUCACCCCCCGGGGUGUCGCGUUAGCUCCGUCAUGUUCCCCCUCACGGCUACGUUAGCCUGCCGCGUCCGACUCGAUAAGCGCAGUUUAAACCUAUUUUACAGCCGACUGUGCCGCUCGGGAGAAAGAGACGGGACUGGACAGACCCCGGCUGGCGUCUGCUUGGAAGGUGACGAAAGGCAUGUUUGGUUCGAGAAAGAAAUUUGCAGAGUUCGUUGAGGUAGUGGAUAACGACUUUUCUGAUGAGAGCAUGUACUACAACCAGCCGUCGAUGUUCCAGCAUCGGUCGGACAAAGAUAUGCUGUCGUCUCCAUCGCCGUCGUCAACGGGACAGCUGUCACAGCUGGGUGCAAGUUUGUACGGGCCACAAAGUGCACUUGGCUUUUCGGUUAGAGGCAUGGGCAACAGCACGCCCCAGCUGAACCGGAAUCUAACACAAGCCUCCCAACUUACAAGUCAUAUGACCCCGACGACGGGGGUUCCUACCAUGUCCCUGCACACUCCUUCGUCCCCGAGCAGGGGGGCUUUGCCCAUGAACACGAGGAACAUGCUGAACCACUCGCAGGUGGGUCAGGGGAUCAGCAUGAGCAGCAGGAACAGCAGUAUGAGCAGCUCAGGACUCGGGAGCCCCAACCGGAGCUCCCCCAGCAUCAUCUGCAUGCCCAAACAGCAGCCGGCGCGGCAGCCCUUCACCAUCAACAGCAUGUCGGGAUUUGGGAUGAACCGCAACCAAGUGUUCGGGUUGAACAACUCGCUAUCCAGCAACAUUUUCAACGGCUCAGAUGGAAGCGAGAACCUGGCGGGGCUGGAUCUGUCGGAUUUCCCCGUGUUGGCGGACAGAAGCAGGAGAGAAGGGAACGGAAACCCAUCACUGAUGAACCCCUUAGCUGGACGAGCACCUUACGUCGGCAUGGUGACGAAGCCGUCCAACGAGCAGACGCAGGAUUUCUCCAUCCACAACGAGGACUUCCCUGCUCUCCCUGGCCCGAACUACAAGGACACUUCGCUAAACAGUGACGACAACAACAAAACUAACUUGAACUCAGCGAGCAAGAGCACAGCCAACUCUGACGGGCCCAAGUUCCCCGGGGACAAGACCACCUCGGCGCUGAACAACAAUCUGAAGAAAGGCAUCCAGGUGUUGUCUGACGGCCGUGUGACCAACAUUCCAUCGGGAAUGGUGACGGACCAGUUCGGCAUGAUCGGCCUCCUGACCUUCAUCCGGGCAGCAGAGACGGACCCUGGGAUGGUCCAUCUGGCGCUAGGAAGUGACCUCACCACACUGGGACUCAACUUGAACUCACCUGAAAACCUUUAUCCAAAGUUUGCAUCUCCAUGGGCUUCAUCACCCUGUCGAUCACAAGAUAUUGACUUCCACGUUCCAUCCGAGUAUUUAACCAACAUCCACAUACGGGACAAGCUGGCUGCCAUCAAACUGGCCCGGUACGGGGAAGACUUGUUGUUCUACCUGUACUACAUGAACGGUGGGGACCUGCUGCAGCUUCUGGCUGCAGUGGAGCUCUUCAACCGGGACUGGCGCUACCACAAAGAGGAUCGAGUCUGGAUCACCAGAGCGCCUGGCAUGGAGCCAACCAUGAAGACCAACGCGUAUGAGCGAGGAACCUACUACUUCUUUGAUUGUAUCAACUGGAGGAAAGUUGCCAAGGAGUUUCAUCUGGAGUACGACAAACUGGAAGAGCGACCUCACGUUCCAACGCCGUUCAACUACAACCCGGCCCAGCAGGCCUUCUAAGGCCCCACCUGUCCGAAGGCUGCAGCUGUUUCCGCACACGUUGUUGCUGCUGUGACACACGCACAGCUCCGUUUUUAUUCCUCGAGGACUUGGCGACUGGAGCGCAUGCACAGGGGGAGGAUUUGGGUUCCAGCCGCCCUCUGCUGCCUCUUCUGACGUCACGCUGCCUGAACAUCAACACUUGUUCUGUUUUUAUUCUUUCAGUUCAUCCAGUUGUUUUGUUUGUUUUUUGUUUCCCUCCUCCCCUCUCAGAGCCGGGUCUGUUUUGUUUACGUCUCUCAAACCUGAAGCCACUUGGCUCCCAGAGGAGGACUGACCUCGUGCACAGGACAAGUUACUUUUUGUUAAAUAGGCGGCGGACGCUUAAGUACCAUCCUCAGACGCCAGCGAAAGAGUGGAAGACAUGCAAUGUUUAUUGUUGCACUAUAUUUAGUAAUAA